AUGAAUCCUAAUACGGCAAGAGAUUCAAAAAAAAUUAAAAAAUUGGCACGCCUUGGUAUUCCAGAAUCUGUCCGUGGUAAAUCAUGGCAAUUUAUGGCAGGUGCAGAAAAGUAUAGAAAGUAUCGAUAUUAUGAUGAACUUCGAAAAAGACCCGAUCUCCCAAUAUAUGAUGUGAUUGAGAGAGAUAUAAAUAGAUGUUAUCCUGAUCACAUUCAAUUUCGUAAAGAGACAGGUUCAGGGUAA